CACAAGAAACAGAGCGUGACAUUUGUGUGGUAGCAACAUUUUAGAAUCAAAAAUAUAUUUGAAGAUGGAAAGUGGAGGAAGAUUUAAUUCUCAUCAGCCUAUAUCUAACGACGCAAGAGCCCCCAGAUCUGUGAUCGAAGAGGCAGGUGGCGGCGAGAGGGGCGGUUCAAUGCGGAAGGCGGAGGAGUACAUGCCGAUCGCCAACAUAAUGAGAAUAAUGCGGCGGAUUCUGCCGUCGCAGGCGAAGGUUGCAGAUGACGCAAAGGAGACUAUCCAAGAAUGCGUGACGGAAUUCAUGAGCUACAUCACGAGCGAGGCCAACGCGAGGUGCCACAGCGAGUGCCGCAAGACGAUCACAGCGGAGGACGUGGUGGGCGCUAUGGGAGCCUUGGGCUUCCACGACUACGUCUACCCCCUCACCCUCUUCCUCCACAACUAUCGCGCUCAAGACCCCCACCGCCGCCCCAUGCUGCCCCCUCCACCACGCCACACCCAAACUGCCUCUUCUCCACUCGAUUUUGGGCUCUUCAAAUAGAACAAAUAUUCUCCUUUUUGCCGCAUGCAUGCACUUUUUAUUAUUUUAAUUAACUACAAACUUUCACAUUAUUAUUCGGAUCAUACAUGCGUAUCAAUUUUA